AUGGCUACAGCGCACAUGGCCGUCAGGACUGAGACCUUCCCACAUUCGAAUUCAAUUCCCCAUAGCGAGUCAAUGGGUGCUCGCAUUAUUCCUAUACCAACUCCCACGAUCAAGAUGUCUCCUCCAAGCAACGGCGAUCCCAUGGAGAUCACAUCACCUGCCCCAUCUUCUAAUGGCAACAACAACUCCGAUUCCGAUGCCAACGGCAAAUCUAACGAUCGACCCAAGAACUCUCCCGCUCCCGAUUCCAACAAUGUCGCAAACAAUAACUCCAAUAGCAUGCCUGCGCCCCCGCCGGCUGCUGCUGCUGUACACCAGCCUAAAAUCGUACAGACAGCCUUCAUCCAUAAGCUCUAUAAUAUGCUGGAAGAUCCCAACAUCCAACACUUGAUUUCAUGGUCUGCGAGCGCUGAAAGCUUCGUUAUGUCGCCCUCGGCCGACUUCUCAAAAGUUCUCUCUCAAUAUUUCAAACAUACCAAUAUCUCUUCAUUCGUGAGACAGCUGAACAUGUAUGGUUUUCACAAGGAACGCGAUGUUUUUCACACUGGAAAUCCUGAUACAACGCUCUGGGAAUUCAAGCAUGGCAAUGGCAACUUCAAGCGUGGCGACCUAGUAGGUCUACGUGAGAUCAAGCGUCGAGCUAGUCGACAUGCCUUGGUGCACCGCGAGAGCAACUAUACCAAGCCUGCAGCAUCCCAGCCAGGCACUCCGGCCGAGCCUGUACCUAUCCCGCCAGACAGCGCCGAUGCUCGAAUGCUCAAUAUUGAGCAUACGCUCUUCGACUUGAGUAAUCGCCUGCAGAGGAGCGAAGAGGCAGCUCAUUAUAUGCAUGUCAAGAGCCAAGCCGCAAUGGACACUGUGAAUCGCCUUCUUCACUUCAAUCAGGAGCUUUCAAGACACAUGCUGUCUCUUGUUCCGGCUGAGAGUCCCAUUUCUCGUGAAGUCAUUAUUCUACAAGGCGAAAUGCAAAGGCAGGCCGAAGUGCUUCGGACCCUCGACGAGCUACCCCAGGAGGCACCUUAUACCGGCCGACAACAGUAUUUUGCAAAUGUCGAGAACGCCCCAGUAUCACCCAGACAGCUUGCCCAGGACGACCAGAGACGAGGCCCUGCUCUAGGCGUCCCGCCCGCACGCGGCCAGAAUUUUUAUAAACCACCAGUUCCUUCCAACCUAUCUAGCAGCACUCGCAGGCCAUAUGGCUCCAUCAGCGGAAGCAGUACUACGCAGUCGUCCCCGCUACGCACAGGACCGCCUCCACCCCCUCCUGCUCCUCAUCCUCUAUCCAAUGUUGAAACCGUUCCCGGCCCCGGCAGUCUGGCCCGUCGUCACACUGCAGCCGAUAUUCGAGCCCAUGGCUGGCAACCAGCUCCCUCUCCCUUCAGUACUGGCGCACCCUCUGGAGCAUGGCCCCCCUCGCCUAGCCGUGUAGCCCCAGAAGACCAACGGAUCAGAGACUCAUUUUCAACAUACUCGUUGCAAGCUGCGUCCCAAACACACCCUCACUCACGCCCAACAACGCCACCACCUCCAUUUGCAAAUGGCGGUGGUGGUGGCUCCGACACAUUCGGUGGCUGGUCGUGGGGAUCUGCUGGCCGUGAGAAUAAGAACCUUGCCGUGAAAGAUCACUCAGCCCCCCCUACUCGAAGGGGGAGCAUGGCUCAUAUUCUCAACCCCAGUGACACUGCGGAGCGAUCAGACGAGGAUGAGGACCCCCGAGGCGACGACGACAGGAAGCGAAAGCGAAUGCAGUAA